AGUCUUGCGCGCUGUGCAAAUCACACAAGGUAUCGAGACAGCUGUUCUCUUUUGUCUGAUAACUAGCCGUAUAAAAACACCCAGCAAGAGAACUCUGCACAGAGCUCGGGGAAGACGCCGUGAAAGGUUGCUGCACAAAAUGGCCAUCACUUCUGUAAUCACCUUGAGUCUGCUUGUCGUCGGCGCACUCGCUGGCUCCAAGCAGGAUGCCAACAACUACAUCGACACGGUGCUUCGCGACCACCUACCGGCCAACGUGCGUUCGCUCAACCUGGACCCGACUCACUUGCCGGGUUUCAACUUCAAGGUCGACUCGACUGGCCCGACCAACCGGGACCUGAAGGCGCAGUUCCCUUCGGGCAUGCUGUACGGCCUGUCGAGCGUGGUGCGCCGUCGCGGCGACUGCGGCGUACCGGGCUGGCAGGGCUCGAGCGUCACCACUGGCUGCUACGUGUCCCUCGACUCGCUGCGACUCACCUUCGACGGAAGCGUAAGCGGCUACAGCCUUCUCGGUGGCAAAAAGAACGUCAGCCUCGACCUGGUCGUCGAGAAGACCAAUGCCUUCGUUGAGGCCACGGCACCCUUCGGUCAGCAAGCGACGCUGAAGACGCUCACCUUGAGCGGCAUCGAGUUCCGCGUGAACGUGAACAAGAAGCUCGAAUUGAACGACAAGCGCGAGAAGAAGUUCCUCAAGGCCGUCAGGCAGUCGGCGAGCAACAUCCUUCUGGGCAUCGUGAACUCAUCCUUCCGCGAGGCUCUCAGCCGCUCCGUGAGCAAGGUGCCACUGCCCAGUCCAUGAAAAAAAAAAGCGCUGCCGUCUACCACGCCACCCAAGGAGAAAUACGAACAACGACGAAUUGAAAUAAACGACGAAACGUGCUGCAAUGCAUCAUUUUCAUUUGUUAUUGUUACGUUCUUCUGGCGGCGACGCCGGGGGAACGACCUGAGCCGAUCCAUUCCGAAAGUGAGGCAACGAAGUUAUUCCGAAGCUAUGUCGCGCACUGCCUUAACGCAACAAUGCGAACAAGUGGCAAUGCGCUGUUUUGUUGUCCACUCACUAGAUAACAAACUCUUGAAAUAAAUCGUGGAGACGUA